AUGCUUCAAGCUUAUGCUCCGAGGGAUGAGCAGGUUGAGCAGAGACCCACAGGGCGUGUGUAUACUGUUACAGCACCAGACCUAGUACUAGCGCCUUCGAUGGUGAGAGAUACUUUCCUGUUAUGCAAUUCCAUUGCUAAUGUGUUGAUUGAUACAGGCUCAUCCCAUUCAAUUAUCUCGUCUGUAUUUGCAUUGGCUUUGGGGUUAGAGUUGGCUUGGUUAGCAUCUCCUCUUAGUGUAGAGUCACCUGUUGGUGGAGAGAUUGUUUUGAAGCAGGGGUGUCGGGGUCGUGAUAUAGAGGUUGCUGGUCGCCGACUUCCUUUUUCUUUUGUAUUGAUUGGCAUGUCGAGUUUUGAUUCUGUAUUGGGAGACAAAACUGAUAGAGCUUUAUCCCCAAUGUAUGAUGCAUAUGGAGGGAGUGAGCUUAGUUGCCUUCUUGCAAAUGUCUUGGGUAAUAAGUGCGAUGAAGUCCGAGUUGAGUUGCUAAGGGUAGUUUGUGAAUACCCGGACGUGUUUCCUAAGGAUCUUACUAGCUUACCACCUCACCGAGAGAUCGAGUUCUCUAUUGACAUAGUGCCUGGCAUGGCACUAAUUUUUAUGGCUCCAUAUAGAUUUGAACCCACCGAGUUGAGUGAGUUGAAGAUUCAAGUCUAA